GCAUUAGCAAAAUUAGGAAAUAGUUACCUGCAGCGGAAGGUUCCCACAGUGUCUGAAAUGAAAAAUGGAAAUAAUGGUCAACAAAAGACAGUGUACACAGUAUGGAAGACCUUACUGGAUGAAACUAUCAAAAUAGCUCAGGCCAAACAGGCAGCAGUGGAUGUAUAUCAAGAGGUGUCUGAUAAAGCUAAAACAUUACGAAAUAACAAACUACAAGUUUCAAAAAAGUGUUUUGACAACAUUCGAAAGAUGCAUGAGGAGCUACAACAAAGUGCGCAAGAAGUUGACAAAGCCAAGAAACUCUACCUUGAAGAAGAACACAUGGCUCAUGAAGCAAGAGAAAAAGCUCAAGAAGCAGAAGAGAAGAAAGAGGCUUGUGACAUUCAGGCCACUAAGGCUCGUAAUGACUACAUUCUUACCCUUGUAGCCGCUAAUGCCCAUUUGUCCAGAUUCUAUGAAGUUGACCUUGAAGAUCUUAUACAGUUGGCCCUCUUUAAGGAGAAAUUUUUACAUGAAGAUCAAAACUAUAGUUCAGAAGAUGCUAACCUGGACUGUGAUAUAUACGAUAAGAUCAAAGAAUACGUUCAGCUGGUUUGUCGAUCUGAGCUCGUUACUUGUGCUACAUGGCAGUCUUCCUUCUCCUACUUACAGGGAGAAGCAGAAAUUGUGACCAAGAUUUCAACUGAGAACAAUGCAGGUCUUUGCUUAAGUAAGGAAGCCAGGAAGUGGGCUUCCUGUAUUGCUAAAGAGAAUCGAACUUUAAGAGAGUGUUAUGAAGAAUUAGGUAGACUUCAGUUUGAAGCCAUUGGAAAAGAAAAAUCUUCAGUAUCUUUAAAUGGGGAAAGAACUGGAACUGAAAUUGAUCCGGAAGUGAGAAUCGAAGAGCUUCGUCAGAUGAUUCGAAAAGCAGAGACAGGAAAGGCCAAAGCUGAGGCUAGAAUAGAAGCACUGCGAGAUGGAGAAGUGAAUGUGGAUGAAUGGUUGAAGAGUGCCGAUGUCGAAUCUCUAGGUCCUCACGACAACCUUAGUCGUACCGGAAGUAGAUCAUCAAGAAGUAGCCAGAGGUCGUCUCACUCAGAGGUCUACGAUGAAGCGGCUAGUGAAGCAAACGAAUCCUUCUAUGAUAGUGACUUCAAUGAUGACAUGUCAGACACGUCAACCCAGUCUCAGACUAUGCUAAGCACUUCUGUGGUUGAUGCUACUGUACCUGAUAAUCAGAGAAAUGUGGAAGAAGCUUCGGAAGAGGAUUCAGUCUUCCCUGUAGAAGUUCAAAAUGGGGAAUACGUCGGUCAGCAAUAUGAAACUACCAAACAAGAAACAGAGUUUUCACCAGCUUUAAAUAUCCGGUGCACAGCUUUGUUUACAUAUGAGUUUACUAAUAUUGUUGCUGUUUCUCGCUCUUUGAAGGCACGGAAUUACAGGGACGAGGAAGGCUACAUUCCCCAGAACUACGUAGAAAUAGCUGAUGAGCAGGAUUUUGUAUCAUCUAUUCAGCCAGCACCCGCGUCUUUCUCAUCCGUUGAUUAUACGUCCGAAUCUUUUUCAUCACCACCUGAUAACACCCAAAUAGAUGGAGCCACCGACGAUGUUGUUCCUGUUGAUGAGCUUAACAACUCUCCUCCAGCGCUCUCUGGCGAGAGGUUUUGUCAGGCAUUGUUUGACUAUGAAGCUAUGUGCGACGAAGAACUUAGUUUCACAGAGGGACAGAUUAUCCGAAUCUCCAAAAAAGUUGUCCAUGACGUCGACGAUGGCUGGUGGGAAGGUGAGAUCGAUGGACGCUUUGGUAUAUUUCCAUCACUUGUUGUCAAGGAGAUCAAGGCCGAUGAAGAAUCACAGACACCUAGUGUUGGAUUUGUUGAUUUACAACUCAUUCCCCUCCGUUCAAGGCUAAACGAAAGUCUGGAAUCUUUUCAAAACUCUUUUGAAGCAGUCACUCAGGAGUUACAGAAACCCCUUCAACAACCAGCCAUUGUUGUGGAAUAUGCCAUAGAAAACCAAGACAUUGGCCAAUUACAAAGUUCCAGAACAGAAGGAGACAUUCCUCCAGUUGAACAAGAUGACACUAUAGAAUCUACAUCUGACCAGGAUAUUAUAGCAUUACAAAGCACCAAAACAGAAGGAGACAUUCCUCCAGUUGAACAAGAUGACGCUAUAGAAUCUACAUCUGAACAGGAUAUUAUAGUAUUACAAAGCUUCAAAACAGAAGGAGACAUUCCUCCAGUUGAACAAGAUGAUACUAUAGAAUCUCCAUCUGACCAGGAUAUUAUAGCAUUACAAAGUUCCAAAACAGAAGGAGACAUCCCUCCAGUUCAUCAAAGUGACCCAAUAGAAUCCACAGAUGAUCAAGAUGUAUGUCAAAUACAGCAUUUCAGGACAGAAGAAGACAAUCCUUUGGUUAAUCAAAAUUAUUAUACAUAUUCUACUGCAGACCAAGAUGUUAGCCAAGAACAGAGUUCGAGAACUGAAGAAGACGUUCCCCCGAUUGAACAAAAUGACUGUAUAGAUUCUACAGCUGACCAAGAUGCUAGCCAAGAACAGAGUUCCAGGACCGAAGAAGACAUUAUUCCAGAUCAACAAGAUGACCAUAUAGAUUCUACAACUGACCAGGAUGUUAGCCAAGAACAGAGUUCUAGAACCGAAGAGGACGCUCCUCCGAUUGAACAAGAUGACCCUAUGGAUUCUAUAGCUGACCACGAUAUUAUCCAACAAGAGAGUUCCAGAAUCGAAGAAGAUGUUUCUCCGGUUGAACAAGAUGACCAUAUGGAUUCUGCAACAGUGGCAAAUCAUAACGUUAGGAAUGUAGAUAAAGAAGUUCAGGAAUAUAAAAGUGAAGGUUUUUCACAAGAUGGUGUUCUAUGUCAAGCAUCCACUGAACUUACUGAUAGUGUUGAGAACAACGGAUCUAUAAAAGAUACAGAAGUCACACACAACAUAUAA